AGCUGUUCUAGUUAUGAUCCCAGCCUCCAGCCUUUAGGGGCGUCCAGCACUCUGUUUGCUGGGCCCUAGCCCUGUCACCAUGAUGAUGCCUGAUAUCGAUGGCAGCCUGAAGUCCGCCAGCUGGGCUUCAGACUUCCUGCGACACCUGGCGCGGGAGGAAGUGGAUCAGGCGCUGCAGAUCGCCAAUAAGGCCCUGGACGCAGCACGAGACGCCGGCACCAAGGCCAAUGCCUUUUUGGCCCUGGCGCGAGCGCAGCUGCUGGGGCGCGAGCUGCUGAAGGCCGUGGAGGCUGCUGAGCAGGGUGUGGAAGCUGCCAAAAAAGCAGAUGCGCUGACUCAAGCGACAGCCCACCAAAUUGCGGCCAAGGCCUAUCUCGCCACCUUCCAAGUGCCCGAAGCGACUGCCGCCGCCGAUGCGGCCGUCGAGGUGGCUCAAGGAAAAGCAGAGGCAGCCGCGUUGACCACACGUGCUCAGGUGUGUCUUGCACGAGACAAGAAGCAGGAGGCCUUAAAGGUUGCGAGACAAGCAGUAUCUCUCUUCAAGGAGGGCAAAGACCAGCAGGGAGAGGCAGCUGCUGGGGAGGUGGCGGUGCGUGGAUGCCUUGCAGCCAAGAAAGGUAGCGAGGCACUACGUGCAGCCAAUGAGGUGCUGGCCAUCUACCAGGGCAGUGGCAGCGAAGGGGAGAGCAGUGCGCUGCUCUUGCUGGCGAAGACAAAACAGGCUCUUGGAGAGUCCAGUGAAGCGCAAGAGCUUGCGCAAAAGGCAGUUGACAUUUUCGAAAAGAAGGGCGAUCGACAGAUGCAGGGAGUCACUCUCAAGCAGCUGGCAGACAUAUGCUUGGCAGGUGGACACAACAUUGAUGGUUGGCAGUACACCAGAGAAGCGUUGGAGUGCUUCCGAGAAGCAGGGCAUCAGCGUGGAGAGGCCUCGACACUCUGCCAGAUCGCUGCCGCGCACGUGGAAAAUGGUGUCUUUGAAGAGGCUUUGCGGAUAGCGGAAGAGGGGGUGGCCAUGUGUCGAGAAAGGAGCGACAGGCCUCAGUUGGGUGCCACUCUGAACGUCAUUGCGACUGCCCACGUUGGCCAACUCCGCUUUGCCCGGAGUGACCAGCAGGAACAGCAAAUGAAUUGGAAGGCCAGACUUGCGGGAAAGGAAGCCUUAGCGAUUCUGCAGUCUGUUGGGGAUCGCGUGGGCGAAGCCAGUGCUCUGAAGAGUUUGGCCUCGGCAUUUCUGAAUUACGGAAAUGCUGCUGAGGCUCGUUCCAAAGCGAAACAAGCUGUGGAGAUUGGCAAGGAGAUUGGCAACAAGCAGAUCGAAGGUGAGAAUUUGCUGCUUGUAGCACAAACCAAGAUACAUGAGAACAAGGAGGAGGGUGCCCGCUUAGCACGGCUGUCCGAAAAAUUGCUUCGGGAAGCAGGCGUUGCAUCCGCAGCACGAAAUGCUGGUGACGUGCACGACUUCAUUCGUGGCUAUGGAAGUGCUCCCAAGGAAGCAAAGAAGAAGGGUCUAGCGCAGCCAGCCGAUUUGAAGACUGACAUCACGUUGGACAUGGAGGAUACAAAACAUCGUCUCGCAUACUUCCACGGUUUCACAGCUCGCUCUGUUCGUCCUCGUUCGUGAAGUGGUGGUGUGAACCGCACAUAUCCUGGUGCUGCAAGGGCUAUGCUUUGGAUUCUUCCUUGGAAGCGCCUGUCAAAAGA